AUGUUGUUUAUAUUUCUAUUAAUCGCUGGAAAUAAUGCGCAAUUUGAUUUUUUGAAUAAUAUGGGAGUUGGGGGUGGUUGGAAUGGUGGACCGCCACCACCUGGUUCAAGACCAGGCUCCCCAUUAGCUGAUAUUUUCAAUAAUGUAAAUGGGAUGAUUAAUGGAAUUUCGCAUCAGAUCGGAAGAAUGGCUGAAGGUUUGGAUGUGAAUAAUGAUCUUAAGGGAUUGAUGCGAGGCCCAAGACCACAAGGAGAAGAAUGGAAUGGGCAUGCUAGACGAUUUUGUAGAAGAUUUCCUGGACAUCCAAAAUGUCGAGGAGGACUUCCUUCUUUUGAUGAUAUAUCCCAGAUAUUAAAUGGUAUUGUGAUGGAUAGUGGAAAAUGGUUACCGAAAGUUCCGAUGAUUAAUAUUCGUGAUCCAUUGUCUGGAAUUAGUGGUGAAUUGAGAAAUGCGCUGGGUGGAAUUGCUUUACAAUUUGGGCAGAUUGGUCAACAGAUUUCAGAUAAUAUUAGGGUAUGUUUGAAACUUUCGGAACUAGAAUGACUUGAGAUUCUAUUUACCACUUAUGAAAAAAACAUUUUUUUUUAAAAAUCUAAAAAUCAAAAAUUCCAGGGAAUCUGUCAACGCACAAAUUGCAAAGCUCAAUCGAGUCAAAACGACGCAAUCAAACAAGCAAUUCUAAAACAAGGUGUAAAUUUCGAGAAAAAAGUGUUUGGAAACGAUGUGGCUGACAAAAUGAAUUUACGAUUCGACAGAACAUUGCAGCUUAAACAAGCAUUGUUAGAAAGAGCAAAUUUGAAAGGAGUCGUUGCUCCGGAAGACAAUGGAAUAUUUGACAAGGAUCUUUUACUAACUGAACAACAAGCCAAUUUCAUGUUAAAUGAGCUUGGAAAAGGUGGCGAGGGAGCAAUACCAGAACCAGGAAAUAGUCGGGGGAGAAGAGCUUCGAUAUUUUUUGAGGAGAAUCUUGUGCAGAAAUGGCCUACAAAUGCGCCUAUUCCAUAUACUUUUGAUUCAUCAUUGGAUGAUUUGGAUAAAAAUGAUGUGCGGGGAGCGAUUUCAGAGAUCGAGCAAAAAACUUGUAUAAGAUUUAAAUAUAUGCCAACAGCUCCAAGAGGCAAUCAUAUUAAUUAUCAAAAAGUCAACAGCCCUUCUUUGUGAGUAAAGUUCUUUGCGAUUAAUUUUUUAAAUCGAUAUGUUACAGCUGUGGACUUUCAUAUAUCGGUCGAGUUGAACCAGCAAAUCCAGUCUAUUUGAGCUUCCAAUGUGGAAAUGUAAGAAUCUAGGAAAACAACAGAUUGCAAAUAGUUUUUUUAGGGUCGUGGAAUAGCAGUUCAUGAAACUAUGCACGCUUUAGGAGUCAAUCAUCAACAUUUGAGAAUGGAUAGAGAUAAACACAUCAAGGUAAGUUUGAAAAAAAUAUUUCCGCAAAAAAAUUUUAACGUUUGAAAAGUUGUUCGAAACAUCUAUCUGAAAAUUUCAUUCAUUUUUAAUCAAGGAAUUCAUUUUUCAUUGACAUAGACGUUUCAAAAAACACUAUCAAGUUUCUGAAAAUAAUUGAUCCUCGGUGUCGUGUAUAUACUCUAGCGCAAUUUUUGCUAGAUGCGGACUUGAUUUUUGUUUAUCGCAAAUAAAAUCUAUAAUUUAUGAAACGUCCUAAUAUUUCACAUAUCUUUUUUAUUGAAUACACGUUGUAUUUGCUUCUUAUCUCCGAAAAGAUUUAUUUUCAAAUCAGGAUACGCACAAAAUAAGUUAAUUUUCUUUGAAAUUGCUGAGGAAUCAGAUUUUAUCAAUUUUUGAAAGAUGUUUAUUAAGAUUAAUUAAUAAGAGACAAGCAAAAAAAAGAAAAUAUAAAAAUCGUGGAUCAAAAAAUUAUUUAGAAAGUUUAAGCUCACAAAAAUCCCUACAAACGAAAACUUUAGGUUAAGUCCCUAGGGUUAGUUUUACUGGCUUACAAUUAGUUUUAGAUUAGAACCUUACAUUAGACAGGUAAAGUUUCUUGUUGCCAGUAUUUGUUCACAAAUUGCAUUCCACUAAAAAUGUUCUAGGUUGAUUGGAGUAACAUCAAUCCCCAACAAUAUGAUUCCUUCGUCGUCGCUGAUUCAAAACUUUAUACAACCUAUGGUGUAAAAUAUGCAUAUGAUAGUAUAAUGCAUUAUAAUGCUUAUACGGCUGCUGUUAAUAUUGCAAAACCAACAAUGAUUCCUCUCGUAAAUCAACAAGCUAAUAUUGGACUUCUUGGACAACGAGCAAAAAUGAGUUCAGCAGAUAUAGAGAUUCUCAAUAAAAUGUAUUGCAAACCUGCAGGUAUUUUUAUUUUCUUGAAUUGUUCGAUGAGGUUUUAAUCGAUGAAUGUUUUUUCAGGCUGUGAUGAUAAAAAUGUGUAUUGUGGAGCUUGGGCGUUAUCGGAACUUUGCAAUAACCCGAAUCAUAAUGUUUGGAUGAAAAAUAAUUGUAAAAAGAGUUGUAAUUUUUGUUAA